AUGUUACUUCGUCACCCUUUUCUCGCACUCUUGGCCUUGCUGGCCGUCCCAACGCGGGUAUUAUCACGAAAGGGCGGCGGAGAUGGCUCUAGCAGUGACAGCGACAGCAGUAGCUCCAGUGGCUCGAGUGGCUCGAGUGAUUCCAGUGAUAGUGAUGACACUUCUUCAUCAACAUCAUCCUCGGGCGAAACCCACUGCUUUGACACCCACCUCCUCAACUUUGACGAUCUUCAACCUUCGCACUACUACAAAUACAAUCAGGAACCACGCCGUGGUCAUGCGAGUGCUAAAACCGACUGGGAUGGCGUCUACUUUAAAGGCGAAGCCAAGCUCAAAUACACAAUCGUAACACCACCAAACAAUUUAACCGAAGACGACAUCGUUAGCUCAUCUUUGAUCGAAUGUCCCGUUGGCAGACAAUCUAUGCGUAUGCUAGGUGUUGCAUGGGUCGGUGCCAAAACUCCCACCCCCGCUGGACCCGUCAAUCCCUUCACGUUGGGUUUCAAAGCCUGGGAGAGCAACGUCCGCGUCUCGGAUAUCGAUUAUUCAUACAGAUUGUGUGAAGACCCGGAUCUCAUGCAACUCACCACGACUGUGGACUGGUUCAAUGAAACUUCGGUCGAGAAGGCCAUGGAUGCUGUUGAGUUCAAUAUCACUCAAGCGGCUGAUAACAGCAAUAAAAUUCUGUUCGACGGGGUCUAUGAUCUCAAAGACUGGGCUGAUAGUGAAAGAAGCUAUCUGGAACCAGCACGCUAUGACAAUACCGGUCUUUGGCGUCAGAUAAUUUCCCUUCCGGAUGGUCUAUGCUCAGAGAGGAGCAAAUUAGGCAAAAUCCUCUUUGUAUGGCCCACUGGAACACACAUCAAUGGGUCUAUGACCAAUGAAACUCUUGAAUUGAAUUUCUCAGGGUCGACAAUUGCUGGAUUUGAAAGUCGUUCUCAAUGGCAGGACACCGACACAAAAGUAAAUGUGACUUUCGAAUUCACAUUCACGGGUAGUUUGGAUGCUGCGAAUUCCUCGCAGGUGGUUCUGCCAGGGGCGUCGAGUCAUAAUGCGUCACUAAUCGCCUUUGAUACAGUGACUGGUAGUGCUCCUAUGAUAAGUCGUUCAUUGUAUUACGUGCUACUGUCUUUAUUGGUCAGUUUUGGGGUCAUGGUUAUAUGA